AUAGCAGUUCAAACAACGUUAGUUAGUCGGCAAUCUUACUCACCUCGCGAAAGCAUUUAACGUCUUGAUCAGUUGGCAUUUCUUCGCGUCUCACCAUGGGAAGGGCGUGGUGGAUGGUUUAGGAGCCACCGUCAAGCGACUCGUCCAUCAGCAAAUACUCGCAAUGUUCCUGGCGUUCAGAAGAUUCAUUCAAACGACACGAUGGACGUCGAUGUUAUUCAGUAUCGAAGCUAUUCGACGAGCAAAGAGAAAACCAUCUUUCGAUUUUAA